AUGAGAGAAGGUGAAACUAUUCAUGAAAUGUUCACUAAACUGUCAUCAAUCACAAAUGAGUUGAGAAGUCUUGGAGAACCUAUUAGCAUGAGUAAGCAAGUCAGGAAAGUGCUUCGAAUUCUUCCCAAGUCGUGGGGAAGUAAGGUUGAUGCUAUUACUGAAGCAAAGGACCUGAAAGUGUUAACAAUGGUUGCUCUCAUUGGAAAUCUAAAGACUCAUGAGAUGAACCAAAGUCAUGAUCAGUCAAAGAAAGAAGACAAGAAAGAUAAGUCUUUGAUGCUGAAAUAUAGAUCUGAAGAGGACCCUAGUGAUGAUGAUGAUAUGGCUUACCUCAUCAAGAGGUUUCAGAAGAUUGUGAGGAAAAAGAAAGGUUUUAGAAAGGGAGCAAAUGUUCCUCGAACUGCCACUCAAAAUGAUACUUGUCACAAGUGUAGAAAAGCUGGACACUUUAUAAGAGAGUGUCCAUUACAUAAAGCCGAAAACAAAGAAUAUCAAAAACCAAGAGGUGAUAAAGAAAAGCAAAGGGACCUGGUACUCGAUAAGAAUGAUCGGAAAGUUGCUGCUGACUAUGUGGUCAAGAAAGCUCUUGCUGCAUGGGGAGAUUCUUCGAGUGACUCAGAAGAUCUCGACAAACCAAAUGAUGUGUCAAUGGUGGUGGUUUAUGAGGAGGAAACCAUAUUCAAUGAGAUGUUUGUUUUCAUGGCUCAUUCAGAGAAUGAAGAUGAUGAGGAUAAGGUAACUCUUCUUGAUAUGAAACAUGAUCUGAAUACCUAUUCUCUUAAAAAAUUGAGAACUUUAGCAAAUGUUAUGAUUGAUUCAGUGAUUGAGUUAACUUCUGAAAGAGAUAUUAUGAAUGCUGAGCUUGAAAGUUUAAAUGAAAAUAGAGAUAAAAUGGGUGAGAAAAUGUUGAAAAGUGAAGAUCAAAUGGUGAGUGAGAGGAGCAUCAGUCAAUGUUGGUACAUGGACAGUGGAUACUCUAAACAUAUGACUGGUGAUAUCAAAAAUUUCCUCUCACUCAAGGCACUUCAAAGUGGAGGUGUCUCUUUUGGUGAUGGAAAUAAGGGGUAUAUUUUAGGUGUUGGUAAAGUGGGAAAAUCGCUUCGGAGAUCCAUUGACAACGUGUAUCAUGUCAAUGGGUUGAAGUAUAAGCUUUUGAGUGUGUCUCAAAUUCGUGACAAAGGAAAUGAAGUAAAGUUUACAUCUGAGAAGUCACUGUAG